AACUGGGGAGGGUGUAAACAGGCCCAGGCUGGUUGGGCUGAUGGUCUCUGCUUUGUUUCUUGCUGUGUGCAGGCUCUCUUUGUGCUCUUCAUCCUGGCGUACAUCCACAUCGCCUUCUCCCGCUCGCCCAUCAACUGCCUGGAGCACGUGCGUGACAAGUGGCCGCGCGACGGCAUCCUGCGGGUGGAAAUCCAGCGCAAUUCCAGCCGAGCCCCCAUCUUCCUGCAGUUCUGUGGUGCUGACAAGUUCCCAGGGAUGGUGGUUGAACCCCCGGCUGAGGAAGAGGAGGAGGAAGAGGAGGAAAUGACAGUGGAUAUGUUUGAAAACAGCUCUGUCAAGUUUGAGCUGGAUAUCGAGCCCAAGGUGUUCCUUAAGCCAUCCCGGGUGAGCAGCACCGAGGCGCUGACCCACAACGAAAGCCAGGAGUUCUCAUUUAGUGAAGCAGCCACUAAAGGUAUGGAGCCUCUGAGGGAGACUGUGUCCGAGUUUGAGAUGCUAGCCAGAGCAGUGUGGCCGCAGGAGGAGUACAUAGUGGAGUACUCGCUGGAGUACGGGUUCCUGCGCCUGUCGCAGAGCACUCGGCAGCGCCUCAGCAUCCCCGUUAUGGUGGUGACUCUGGAUCCUACCAGGGACCAGUGCUUUGGGGACAGGUUCAGUCGCCUGUUGCUGGAUGAGUUCCUGGGUUAUGAUGAUAUCCUGAUGUCAAGUGUCAAAGCUUUAGCUGAAAAUGAAGAAAACAAAGGUUUCCUUCGCAACGUGGUCUCUGGGGAGCACUAUCGCUUUGUCAGCAUGUGGAUGGCCAGGACUUCUUACCUGGCAGCCUUCGUCAUCAUGGUCAUAUUUACUCUGUCCGUUUCGAUGCUGCUGCGCUACUCGCACCAUCAGAUCUUUGUCUUCAUUGUUGACCUGUUACAGAUGCUGGAAAUGAACAUGACAAUUGCGUUCCCUGCAGCUCCCCUCCUCACUGUCAUUCUGGCUCUCGUAGGGAUGGAGGCCAUCAUGUCUGAGUUCUUCAAUGACACCACCACCGCCUUCUACAUCAUCCUCAUCGUGUGGCUGGCCGACCAGUACGAUGCCAUCUGCUGCCACACCAAUACGAGCAAGAGGCAUUGGCUCAGGUUCUUCUAUCUGUACCACUUUGCCUUCUAUGCCUACCACUACCGAUUCAACGGGCAGUACAGCAGCCUGGCCCUGGUCACCUCCUGGCUCUUCAUCCAGCACUCCAUGAUUUACUUCUUCCACCACUACGAGCUGCCGGCCAUCCUGCAGCAGAUCCGCAUCCAGGAGAUGCUGCUGCAGAACCAGCAGGUGGGCCAGGGCACCCAGACCACGCUGCAGGACAACCUCAACAACAACACCACCGCUGCCCCCAUCGACGGGGGGAGCCGCAGACCCCCCCUGCCCGCCGGCCCCUCGGGGGAUGGGGCCACCCCACCCACCCUGGCACCCAGCACGGCCUCCACCGCCGGCAGUGACCUCAACUGGGUGGCAGAGACGGCCGCCAUGGUCACCGAGGCCUCCUUCCUGUCCGAGCUGAGCACCACCCUGCUGGAGCCCAACGUGGUGCACGAGGCCACGGCCACCGGGAGCCCCCCUCAGGACGCUGCCUCCGCCUUGGUCGCCCGCAUCAGGGUGAGCAGCGAGCACCCGGAGACGGCCGUGGGCUCCAUCACCAUUGAAGUCACCUCCACGUCUGUGGUGGCUGCAGCGGAUGCACCCCCAGACCCACAGCAGGAGGAGGGGGGCUCUGUCCCCAGCAGUCCCCUCCUGGAGCAGACUGAGGCUGUGGAGGGCUCGGGCAGCAGCAAGGACUGUGCUGGCAGCAGCGUGGCACAGAGCAAUGCAGCCUGUGCUGAGGACACGGAGCAGGACAGGCGGUCAGGGCACAGCAGCCCUUGCCCAGCACCAGCAGAGAGCCCCCCCUGCCCGCAGCCUCACUUGAGGAGCCUGUCUUGAGCCCCUGUUUCUGGCAUCCUGGACUGCCGGGGAGGCAUUUGGAUUUUCCUUUGUUACCGUUUCUCACUUCACCAUCAUCCUUAACCCAUGAAUCCCUCUUUAGUGCAGAGGUGGAGCAGCCGGGAUAGAGAAGAGGUGCUGCAGUGACCUCCCCUGGGAAGAGCCUGUGUGUGCUUGGGUGUGAGAGCCUGAUGGACACGGGACGAGGCAGCCGCUCUGGGUCCCUGCCCCAGCUUUUCCCCUUUGCCCCCUGUGUUCAUGUUUGCAGCC